GGGGGGACUCUGGGGCUUAGCCUCAGGUCCUGAAGGUGGAGCGGUGAGUCGGAGCCCGGGCAGCAAGAACAUGCCCUGGUGAGCGGGUCUCUCUAGGGGAGCCUAGCGCACCCCGGCGCCCGCCGGUUUGGGGGUGUCUCCUCCCGGGGCGCCAUGGCGGCGCUGGCCAGUAGCCUGAUCCGGCAGAAGAGGGAGGUCCGGGAGCCCGGGAGCAGCCGGCCGGUAUCGGCGCAGCGGCGCGUGUGUCCCCGCGGCACCAAAUCCCUUUGCCAGAAGCAGCUCCUCAUCCUGCUGUCCAAGGUGCGACUGUGCGGGGGGCGGCCCGCUCGGCCGGACCGCGGCCCGGAGCCUCAGCUCAAAGGCAUCGUCACCAAACUGUUCUGCCGCCAGGGUUUCUACCUCCAGGCGAAUCCUGAUGGGAGCAUCCAGGGCACCCCAGAGGACACGAGCUCCUUCACCCACUUCAACCUGAUCCCUGUGGGGCUCAGAGUGGUCACCAUCCAGAGCGCCAAGCUGGGCCACUACAUGGCCAUGAAUGCCGAAGGCCUGCUCUACAGCUCGCCACAUUUCACAGCUGAGUGUCGCUUUAAGGAGUGCGUCUUUGAGAAUUACUAUGUUUUGUACGCCUCUGCUCUCUACCGCCAGCGCCGUUCUGGCCGGGCCUGGUACCUAGGCCUGGACAAGGAGGGCCGGGUCAUGAAGGGAAACCGAGUCAAGAAGACCAAGGCAGCUGCCCACUUUGUACCCAAGCUCCUGGAGGUGGCCAUGUACCGGGAGCCUUCUCUCCACAGUGUCCCUGAGACCUCUCCUUCCAGCCCCCCUGCCCCCUGAAGUGUAGCCUCUGGGCUGGAGGCUCCCUGCACUCUCACUGAGCCAGCCGCUGCCAUGGCCGCCUCUCAGCCCUGCUCCUGGCCCGCUCUCACCUCUGCCUGUCAAUCUCAUGCCCUGAGUAGCCAGGUCCUACCAGGUGCUGUUUCCUGGGGGAGCCUAGAUGCCAGCUAUGACUUCUGAGACCCUCCGAUCCAUGAACCUAGGAGGAAGGCAGAGAGGGUGUCUGAAAAUGACACCUGGCUAAUGACUCUUCUUCUAUAGUCACAUAACCCAAAACCUUUUGCUGGAAUGGCAGUGGUUUCCAGAAUGGACAGAGCCAGGGAAUAAACACUCCCCCAUCCAGGCUCUGCCAGUUCUUGGAGCCCAAUGCCCCUUCUUCAUUGCCACUGAGCCAUAGAGUUAUAGGUCCAUCGGAGCUCAGGAUUAGUUUCCGACUUUGCCCACUCCACUUUCUGCCUUGAUCUGGACAGGUUCUGGAACA